AUGGUGGAUUCGAGAAUUUCUUCCGUUACUGAGGAUCAUACUGAGCGGAGGAAAAGGGUUCGUCCAAGAAGCCAGAUCAAGCAAGAUGUGUCCCCAAAUGAAGCAAAGAGGCGGAGGACCCAGGUCAGGUUAGCACAGCGCGCAUAUCGCUCGCGAAAGGAGGCCGAGCUACAAGCACUGAAGGCUCGCGUUCAUGAACUGGAAAUGCUCGUGGAGCGAAUGAACGAGACUUUUCUAUCCUUCACCGAUGAUCUGAUGAAAUCCGACGUCUUGUCAACAUACCCGGAUGUUGCGCGGAGACUCCACCAAACUAUAGCGCAAUCUCUAUCACUUGCAAAUCGGGCAGUUUUAGUGGCAGAAGAUGACGCUGAACCCACCAAUGCUGAGACAAAUGUGCCAGACACAAAAGCGAACGCAGGUGUUGUUGAUGCGACGGAGCAGGAUGUAGCUAAUGCUAACGACACCUAUGAUGUCGCCAAUGUCCCUCUUCCUGACAUCCUAGAGUUUGCUGUACGGGAUGGGCGAGAGGAUAGCAGCCAAUACCCCGCCCAGAUAACCCAACAAUCUAACCUUGCAGUACCGGAAAUACCAACACAAGCAACACCCCUUUAUUCAACACCAUUGUUCCUGAAUAGCCCGUCCAGCACAUACAGCCCGGAAGGAGCAAGUUUCGCCCACCGACUCUAUCGUGCUUGUGCCGAACAAGGACAUCAGUGUCUAACGAAUCCGUCUUAUCAGCUUGAGGAACUCACAUACAAAUUCAGGCUUCCUCUGAAAGUCUUUACGCUACAAGAUAUCAGAGCGCGUUUCGAUGAAUUUCUAAGCGGUGGACAUCACGGAACCGUUAUGGAGCUGAAUAUCCCUUUUAUUAGUAUUGGUGGCGCAGGAACGCAUUUUAAACACAACCAGAGGAGCUAUGACGCCGACAAUGUUUCGUUCCAGCCGAGCAUAAUACAGGUUGCGGCAGAACGAGUCGACCCUGACAUGCGAGGUGACUGGUUUGAUUGUUAUGAUGUGGAGGGAUAUCUGGAAAAAUGUAGAAUUAUCCCCGUUCGGGGGCUUGCCCUGGCAAAGAUGAGGGUUCCUGCGGCUCUUCCGGGCUUGGAACGCGGCCUUCGCAAUCAACGUGUCUCUGGUCCGAGCACUUCCCAACAGUUUGGGAACCAAAAGAUCAUCGAUGAAACUAUACUGAUCGAAUGUAAGUCCCCCCUUGGUCGACCCUUAAAUUAUUCGCAGUUAUGGGCGUUUCGCAAGCUCAUCUCUGUGGAUAGUGCUAAGAAUCUCUUGCGUGUGUCUCGGUAG